CUUGGGUUGAAUUUCACACUGUCGCUGCGACAUCCUUACUUUCGACUCAACACCACCCCAAAACUCGUCAAGAUGUCCGACAACGGCGAGGUCGAAGUCGAAAACCCAGUUUCUGGUUACCCCGUCCUUCCCAAAGACGUUGUUGCCGAACAAGGCAGCAUCAAACUCUUCAACAAAUGGAGCUACGAGGACGUUGAAAUUCGAGACAUCUCCCUCACCGAUUACAUCCAGAUCAGAUCCCCAGUCUACCUCCCUCACUCAGCCGGUCGAUAUGCCGCAAAGCGAUUCCGCAAGGCACAGUGCCCCAUCAUUGAGAGACUGACCAACUCUCUCAUGAUGAACGGCCGCAACAACGGCAAGAAGCUGAUGGCCAUUCGAAUAGUCGCUCACUCCUUCGAGAUUAUUCACAUCAUGACCGACCAGAACCCCAUCCAGAUCGCCGUCGAUGCUAUCGUCAACUGCGGACCCCGUGAAGACAGCACCAGAAUCGGAAGCGCAGGUACAGUUCGACGACAGGCUGUGGAUGUUUCUCCUCUUCGACGUGUCAACCAGGCCAUUGCCCUUCUCACCAUUGGUGCCCGAGAGGCCGCAUUCCGAAACGUCAAGAGCAUCGCCGAAUGUCUCGCAGAAGAACUGAUCAACGCGGCCAAGGGAAGCAGCAACUCGUACGCAAUCAAGAAGAAGGAUGAGCUGGAGCGUGUCGCCAAGAGCAAUCGGUAGAGGGUGUGCUAUGUGGGAUUUGCUCUUUGGCCAAAGGCUGUGCGGCGAGGUUGUGACCCCGAGUCAACCGUCCUUUACAAGUCUCUGUGUCUCUUGGUUUUUCCAAAGACGGAGACUUUGACAUUGACAUGGCAAUGGUCAUCCUCCUCAUUCUCACCGGCUAUCUGCCGGGCCUUCACUACCAAUGAAUGCAGGCAGUCGACCUUAGAUUGUGCUGAUGUCUACGGGAAAUAAAAAUGAAAUUUUAGCACAAUAUCCCUUGC